UGGCAAAUAAAUAGAAGUAAUCGUAAAUAAUUAUAAUAAUGAUAAAAACAUUAUCGAAGCGCUCAAACCUUAGGAUAUAUAGGGAUUAUAUGUAAAAAAGUUUGUAUCUUAUUUAUUGUUAUUUUUCAUUAAGUUUAACUGCGCUUUCGUAAUCUGAAACUGAAAGUAAAUCGCAACCGUCUUUGUCUCUGAUAAUGGUUAGCUAUGAUUAUAAACAUAAUUUUGAAGAGUAUUGCUAUUUCAGUUUUUAAAUAUUAAUUGAAAUGAAUUAUGUAAGAUAAAUGUCAUAGUAUUUGCGAUAAUUUGACUGCAAAUUUUUUUUAAAAAAAGCAUUUCGAAAUUUUGUCGGUAGAUGGCAUUAUUCCUGACCAAUAAAAAAAAACAGCAUCCAAUCCCUUAUACAAUAAAUAAAUAAUGGAAACAAAUUUUUUACCAUCUCUUUUACAUCUUUCUUUAGCAAAAGUUGCUGUAAAAGUAGGCUAUGACAAAGAAAUACGGACUUUUACAGGAAGAUUCAAUGAAAGUUGGAAAGUAUUUGUGAACAAAAAGAUUGUUGCUUUGAAACUUCCAAAAGAAUUAGAAGUAAAACUAAUAGGUGCUCUACGACCUAUAAUAUUAGAGAUUGAAGAAUGGAUAGACGAUCAUGAUUAUCUCGCAUAUGAAGGCAGUAAUCUUAUAUCAUACAUUUGUUGGAAAUCAGAAGGAACUAUUGAUAGAAAAAAUACUGCAAUGAAUCUGAUUGGAAAUAAAAACAUAGAAACCAAGAAACGUUUCAUCUUUGCAUGUAAUCAUUGUUUAAAAAAUGAAAUUUGGGAUCUAUGGAAUGCCUUGCCAGAAGAUGAGCAAGAAGAUUUUCAUGACGAAACUUCUACAAUUGUGAAAUAUUGGCUUACAUGGGUUAGACAAGGAUAUGAACCUAAUAAGUGUUGGUCAAAAAUUUUUCAUGAUGCUGAUACGCUCCCUUAUUUUAUGGAGAGAAUGAAAUCUUCAGAUGAUAGAUGGAAUUUAAUGAUUAAUAUGUUUCCAGAAUUUAUAUUGACCGAGGAAUUGAACUUUCGUGAACGUGUUUUAUAUGACUUAACUGGAUGUGGUAGAAUAAAAUCUAUACAUCCCUUAUGCUUAAACACAAAUAUCAUUCGUUUGUUUCUCUCCCAAAUGGACAGAGAGCAACAAAUACAAUUGUUUAAGCAAUCACCUCUUCGUGUACUUGAAUGUUAUCUUAACUGGCCCUUGCAAAGUUCAUUUAUGACAGUAUUAAGAGGUUUAUGGGAGUAUCUUUCUGAAGAAUAUUAUCUUUGUUUGUUACAACUCAUUCUGUAUAAAAAAAUUGCAUUUGGAUUUGAAGAUUGUGAUUAUGUGCAACUUCUGAGAGAAGUGUGGCAAGAAAGUCCUGAGCAUUUGAAAGCCUAUAUAAAGGAAGAUGAUCUUUAUCAACCAUUGAUGAACACAAUUGACUUUGGUGUUAGUUAUCCUUAUACAAGGCAAAAAUUAUGGCAAACUGCAAUGUAUGUUGCAUUUAAAUGGACAUUCAACAAAAAUCAUUACAUGAGUUUUUCUUUAAAACAGAUGUUGUUUGCUGCAGGAAUAAAGCAUGAUUUUUCUUCAGAAUUCUCAUCGAGAAGACCUGCAAAUCGAUAGACAUAUUUGUAGUCUACUAUUCCACGCCCAAACUAGACUUUUUUUUUUCAUAUAUGUUAGUGCAUAAUAAGGCCAUUAUAAUGCCAUUUUUUUAUUUUUUAUUUUAAACAUUAUUCACCAUUUUUAUUACAUUGUAUAUAACUUAUUUAACUAACUGAUGCUAAUAAAGCUUUAAAAUGCAUGGAUA